AUACAAUAAGGAAAGAUUGGUGCAAGGCAUAAUUCCAAACCGUUAAGAACAUUCUGCUGGCUCCCUCCCAUCCUUUGUAUCUCUGCAUCUAUUCUCUUCGAACGGAUGGACUCGUGUCAACGCGACAAGCGCAACACCGCCAAUCACCCCGUCAGCAGCCCAAUAUGUCCCUUCUUAGAGAGCCCAGUCGAAAUCCGCCUGAAGAUCUAUCGUCUAGUGCUCAAGGUCGCUGGCUCCCGUCUGGUUGUUGGUCAGCACGGGCUCAUCGCCCAUGACGAGAAAAUUCCUGUCUGGGAGUGUCAUACUCAGAUGCCGUUGACUAUGCCGCCAUCGUCAGUGUUUCUGGCUCUGCUUUCCGUCGACAAGCAAAUCUAUGGCGAGACAAUGCCCGAGUACUAUCACGAGAACCACUUCCAAUUCUCGAACAUGGUCAUCAUAAAGGAGUUUCUUACCAACAUGGGUGCCGAGAGAAGAUGCCACAUGCGUGCCUCAGUUGGCUGGAUGUCCGGCUAGCAUACAUCGAGAAGCGAUCCGGGUCCGCGGCGAAGAUUUGACCAGUGCUUUCGCACCUUAUCCGAGACACACGAAGCCCGUUCCUUGAGGCAACGCACGAUGGUGGAAUUUUUGCAGGGAGAUGGUCCCUGCCAGUUGGUUGUUCGCCAUAGUGCCCGGGGUGAAGUUUCGCAGGCUCCGGGUCUGUCAAGUCAUCUUGACCAGAUCUCGUGCUUGCCGGUCGUUUUGUUUGUUCGUGUAGUGUAGUGGUUCAAUGCUGUUUUUCCCAUCAACACGGAGAUGGUAGAGUAAGAGUUCCAAGUCCUUGACCCCGGUUUUCCUUCUUCGGUUGAUAACACGUUCCUCUCCCUCUCCCCCCCUUCCGAUGUACUGUGCAACUGGUCGCAUAAGUCUAGCCUCGUUGUUCGAGAGUUUUU